GGCUGCGGGCCCGGCGCUCGCAGCCGGCCAGGCAGGCGGGCACGGACGGACCCCCGGCCCCGGCAGCCCUGAGCCCCGACAGCCCCGAGCACAACAAGGGGAAGCGAUGCUGAUGCUGGACUGCAGUUCAGAGUCUGGUAGUUUCAGCAACCUAUUUGAGACAGGAACCGGUGUGAAUGCACCUGCAGAUGCCUCUGGUCAGUCUCCAGCUCACUUGGCUGCUUGUGGUGGAGAAGCUUUUUUCCUACUUUGGCAACUGCAGACAGGAGCAAAUUUGAACCAACAGGAUUGCCUUGGAGAAGCCCCGAUACAUAAAGCAGCAAAAGCUGGGAGUUUGGAAUGUCUUGCUCUCCUUGUUGCUGGUGAUGCUAAAAUUGACUUGUGCAACAACAGUGGACAGACAGCAGCAGACCUUGCACUGGAUUAUGGCUUUCUGGAAUGUGCCAAGUUCCUCAGGACCAUUCAGCACACUCAGACAAUGAAACUGAGAGGACAGUCUGGAUACUCACUAAGUGACAGACAUAGCUUGCAGAGAGAGGAUCCAACUGCACGGAAACAAGAAAAUGAAACCAGCAGAUCCAUAAACAGGAAGAGGAGAAGAUCAGAUGAUCUUGUCUCCUAGCUGCCAGAAGAAACAGCUUGUAAUCCCAACAUGAAAUAAGGGGAAUCUGAAGUCUGAAGAACCGUGACUGGAUGAUGCACUGAGCAGUCAGAUGUGUGUGCUGGGACAUUGUCUCCUUCUGAGAAGGAGGAAAGCUUGUUUAUUGUUACUUCUUACAGAAGAAUUUUGUGAGUUUUUUUUUUCCCCCCUGGAAUACUUGUAUUCAUUCAGCUAUAAAUAAAUGAGCAUAGAAAAUAUAAUUCUCUUGCUUUUUUCUGUGUAAAUGACAGCAAAAUUAAUAAAAUUCAGUAAAUACA